CUUCAAAUGCUUUUUUAAUACCAAGCAGCAAAGUAGCCACGUAAAAGCAAGCGCCAACAUAUGUACGCAAGUAAAGAAAUAGAUCUUGUGUAAAUAAUUACAAGCUGAAUUCGAGUUUGAUAAUAGAAAUGAACAAGCCGCAGGCGACACAAAUGUUGGGCGUGAGGGGCGUUCAAUAUCAGUUGUAGAAAAAACAACAAUCUAUCAACAGCAACAGUGACAGUAACAGUAACCACAGUAGACACACGCACAUAAUGGACGAGAAACUAAAGUAUUCGCUGCUGCGCGGCGAACUCGUGGAUACACAAAAUAUAUGGACGAGGCACGAGAAACGCAUUUGGUUCAUCACGCUGCUGACUGGAACGUGUAUGCUGUAUUCAACUCGCACAACGAUGCCGCUUUUAAUGCCCGCUGUUGCCGCCGCACAAAAGUGGAGUAAAACGGAUUCCGGCACCGUGCUCAGCUCCUUCUUCUGGGGCUAUACAUUGACCCAAGUGUUGGGCGGCUAUUUCAGCGAUAGAUUUGGCGGACAACGUGUUAUAUUGCUUGCUGCACUUGGCUGGUCCAUCAUAACAAUCCUGAUGCCCACAAUCAUCUGGUCAGCGGCAUCAAUGAAGAGCUAUGCGAUACCCUUGAUUGUCACCGUUCGCAUUCUAAAUGGCGCGCUGCAGGGUGUUCAUUUCCCCAGUAUGAUUAGCCUGACGAGUCAGAAUCUCUGUCAAAAUGAGCGGAGCAGCUUCUUUGGCCUGCUCACAUCCGGCUCGGCAAUGGGUACGUUGCUCACUGGCAUCAUGGGCUCCUUUGUGCUGGAUUACUUUGGAUGGUCGUAUGUCUUCCGGGUCAUUGGACUCAUGGGCUUCGCUUGGGCGUUGGUCUUACGUUACUACGCAAUGGCUGGCGAACGGAAUCGCAUUAUAAAUAUCUCAGCUCCUGCUCGACUGUGUGCUAACAAGACGCCAGCGGAGACAACUGUGCCCUGGCUGCGUUACUUUAGCCGUGUAUCCUUUUGGGCCUGCGUCCUCACGCACGCCUGUGAGAUGAACUGCUUCUUUGUGCUACUCUCCUGGCUGCCCACAUACUUUCACGAUGGAUUCCCGCAUGCCAAGGGCUGGGUGGUCAACAUGAUACCCUGGCUGGCCCUGCCGCCGUGCACGUUCUUUGCCAAAUACCUGACGACACACCUGAUAGCCAGGAAUUGGUCAACGACGACGGUGCGGAAGCUCAUACAAAGCUGUUGCUUUGCGUCACAGAAUGUGGCGUUGUUUGUGAUGAGUCGUACGACGGAUUUCCACACGGCCCUCAUCUGUAUGACCAUCAUUAUUGGUGGCACAGGUUUCCACAACAAUGCGGUCACUGUGAAUCCUCAGGAUUUGGCGCCACUGCAUUCAGGCAGCGUCUUUGGUCUGAUGAACACAGUGGGCGCCAUUCCCGGAUUUCUGGGCGUCUACCUCGCCGGUCACAUUCUCGAGCUGACCCAGAGCUGGCCAAUGGUUUUUAGCGCUGCAGCUGGCAUUAAUCUGAUCGGUUGGAUUAUAUUCCUAGUCUUUGGUUCCGCCGAAGCUAUUGUAUAAAAAACAUUACAUUCUGUAGACAAUUUUCCGUAUUGGGGAAAGAUUAUUUAUUAAAAUGUGUAAAUAGUUUAAGAGGUCAUAGUUUUACAAAGAACAAGGCAAACUGCUCCUAGCGUGAUAAGUUAAAAACCCCAUAAAUUAAACAUGACAAACGCAUGCCACAAAACUAAAGAUAACGCUUUUAUAAUA